CGGGGACCCUUUGACGUCUACGUAGUUGUGCUCCCCCCUGCUUGAAUCACACUCUACCAUCAGCACAGCUUGCCUCCUUCUCGGGCGAGACAUCAACCUCGGAAAACUUUGCGUGGUUCACAGCUUCAAACUACAAAAUGGCGGAUCUCAAUCUCGAGGAGAUCCGGGACACCUUGGUUUCGGUGGCUUUCGAAGCUGGCCGCAAAAUACUAGCAGCCAACCCGAACGACAUCUCGACAGGCACGAAGCUCAAUUCUGCGGACAUUGUCACCGAGACUGACAAGGCCGUCGAGGCCCUCGUCUCGUCUACGCUCGCCGAAGCAUACCCAGACUUUGCGUUCAUGGGCGAGGAGACCUUUGCGCCUGGCCAGAAGAUUACAGACCAGCCCACUUUUGUCGUCGACCCCAUUGACGGCACGACAAACUUUGUUCACGGGUUCCCCUCCGCCUGUGUCAGUCUUGGGCUUGCCGUCGGAAGAGUGCCGACCGUGGGGGUCGUCUACAACCCCUUCCUUGACCAGCUCUACACGGGCAUUCGCGGCCAGGGCGCCUUCCUGACGGUCGGCCGGGCCUGGGGCCUCGAGAAUGGUGCGGGCAGAGUCAGCAGGCUGCCGCUUUCGAGCAACCCAGCCGGGCUCCUGGGCCUCGACCAGAGUCUCGUGGCUAUCGAGUGGGGUAGCGACCGCAGCGGCAGCAACUACGAACUCAAGACGGCCGUCUUCAAGAAGCUGGCCGCAGCCAAGGACAACAACGGCGGUGCCAUGGUCCACUCCCUGCGCAGCAUGGGCAGCGCGGCCCUGAACAUCUGUGCCGUUGCCGCUGGCCAGCUUGACGCCUACUGGGAGGGUGGCUGUUGGGCAUGGGACGUAUGUGCCGGGUGGACGAUUUUGGUAGAGGCCGGCGGCAUCAUGGCCAGCGGCAACCCUGGGGACUGGGAUCCCGCAAUCGACAAUCGCAAGUACCUCGCCGUUCGAGGUGCCCCGAGCGGCCAGCGUGAGCUGGUGCAACAGUUCUGGGACGUCGUGGGCCAAGGGGCUAUGGAGUACGAGAGUUGAGCAUCUCACGCGGCCGGUGCACAUUUUCUACUCUCGG